AUGAGCGACUUGUUGGACGAUGAUUUGGAGUUCCGUGGCGGUACCCUUCAGCUAUCAACCGAACAUCUCCUUUCUGGGGGCACAGAAAACACUCAGAACAAUGGGACGGAGACAUCUGGUGUAACCACACACAUGAAUCCAAACAUGUCUGUUUUAUCCGGUGCCGAUUCCUUAUCGUCAUCAACGUCAUCUUUUAUUGAUGCAAGAAGUAGAGAACCAACAAAUGUUGAGGCAUCUGAUGAGGCGCAGACGGUGUACCCUCGCUAUGACGUGCCUUUCAACCAAGAAAACAUCAAGGACUUUUUCACAUUCCGCAAAGGUGUUGUGGAAACUGCGAUUCAGGAAUGCAUUACGGGUUUAUUGUUCCCAGAAGACGGGGAAUAUUUGGGAUCUUGGUUGUUGACUGAAAUAACUCUAUGGGAUAAUGAAAAAGAGAGAAUAGUCCUCCUUACUUCGCGCCUGGUGAUGACCAUUAAGUACGAUUUCAUAGCAAUGAAGCAACUCGACUUCAAGAAGACAUACUUGGAUGAUCUGGAUACUAUUGUUAUAGGAGAGCUUGUUUAUCCACCUUCUUCAUUAGUGCCUCGCCUAAACGGCAUCGCAACUGGUGUGACGACUGUGGUGAAGGACUACGUGAUAGACCGCCUGUGCCGGCGGCCCUCCGGCGGUGACGACCAAAAACUGUUCGAUCACAAGUAUUUCCAGCCUAGAGACCGCAACCUUAGGGGCGUCCGUCUGAUGUGGAACAAGGGCGAGCCACUUCCGAUCAAAACUGCCUGGAACCCGUUCAGUCGGGAAGUUCCUUUCAUUACCUUCGCAUCACAUCCUAUUUAUUGGCAUAAAGAUGGAGACGUAGACGAACGCACAACGUACGACAUGGAAACUUUUGCUCAAAAACUGCAAGGCGCGAUCGAAGCUAUGCCUUCCUCUUCCUGCUGCAUACAUCAUUCACCUAUUGUCAUACAGAGUUAUGUUGGAGUGACGUCUUUACUGCACAAUAAGACAAGUAUGGGAUUCUUCAAGGUCAGAGGGAAAUUCAGCUUCUAGGGUUUGUAGAUAGGUUUACACGUGCAUAAUAACGUUUAUUGUAAUGAACUUAAAGAUCAUUUUGUCUUUGCGAUGUAAUCCGGGAUAGUACGUACCUGAUAAGGGCGUAUGCGGAUAUAGGUACGAUGUGUAAGGUUAAAACAAUUUUUAUUCCACGAAAACUUACUUUUUUUCGGUAUUCCUUGCGAAUGGCUGAAAUAAGCAAUUUUAACGUAUAGUCACACGCUAUGAGGAAUUCUUAAAGCACCCUGUAAACGAUCCAAUUUGCUUGUCAAAUUUACCCUUGAAAUUUCUCGAUUUCUUCAAACAAUGCCUCACAAACGAUUAAUUCGAAAUUCAAACAAUUUUGCCUGUAGUUCAGACUUAAUCUUUAGGCGACAACAGACGUUUUGCUUGACAACGGUUAUUCUCGGACUAGUGUACACUAUCUAAUUUCCGUGGCAAUUUUUAUUAUUUCAGUAUUCGGUUUUGUUAUCUUGCAAUAUUAUUUAAUAUUCGAGUAUUGUG